GUAGUAUUUGUAUUUGUGUUUAUAUUAUUGUCUUGUAAUAAUUCAUAUUUUAUUGCAAUUUCAGUAUUCUAUAUUACUUUGGGAUCAGAAACUCUCCUUUCCAAUGUUUCUAGAAAACUCUACUUUGCAAAUAGAUACCUGACGUGUGGACGUAUCUUCAUACCAACCAUACCAAAAUUAUUAUGGUGCUCCAAAGACUUGGAUAGCAUUAUUUUUUCGACUUCAGAGAAAAGUAUGACUUGAAUUUAAACAAUGCAAAGGAAUUCCGAAAAAGUCUAAAAUGUUGAAUGUUAUUCCUAUUCAUCAUGAAGAAAAUUCCAGUGAAGAUGUAUCUGAUGUAUUUUUGUAUGCUCCUUGCCACUAAUAUCAAAACACUGAGCACUGAAGAAAAAUGUCCUAUGAAGUGUUCUUGUAAAAGAAACAAUCAGAAUGAUGAGUAUUUGAGAAUGGCCUGUGGUGGCAGAGAGGAAGGAAAAAUAUUUCAUCUUGAUGAAUUGGAACUACUAGAUUUAGCUAGUGAACUAGUACAACUGAACCUUUCAAAUAACACUUUGAAGUCCUUUUCACCAAAAGUAGAACUGAUAGUACUUCAAAAAUUGGAUUUGAGCAACAAUCAGUUGACUGAAUUACAGGCACAGCAGUUUGCUGAAGUACCAAAAUUGAGAAGACUGGAUUUAUCUGCUAACAGUAUCAGAUACAUUGAUUUGUUAGCAUUUGAUAAACUGAGACAUUUGGAGAGACUCAAACUAAACCAGAAUCAAAUUAGUGCAAUAGUGUUGGGUACAUUUGAUCCAUUGGAAAGCAUCAAACAGCUAGACAUCUCAAACAAUCCUCUCGUUUGUGAUUGUAGCCUGCUGUGGCUCCACGACUGGAGUGAAAGAACCAAAAACGUCAAACUCAUGUCCAACCCAAAAUGCGCAUCUCCUUCGACAUUCAAAGGCCGAUCCUUGAGGAAAUUGAGGAUAGGAGACGACAUCCAUUGUAAAUCGCCAGCAGGCACUAAGGGUCUGCCCAUCGUCGAACUAAAACCCAGGGAAAACCAAGUGGUCUUCGAAGGAGACCCUCUAACCAUUCAAUGUUUCGCUCCCAGCAUAUCAGAUUCCUUGGAGGCUCAUUCCAGGUUGACCAUCCAAUGGUCCUGGCUAGGAUCCGACCCAAAGUUAUUCUUUUCCAAUCUCAGGAUUGAGAAUGAAACAUUGGGAAGUGCCGGGAAGAUUUGUAGCACCCUUUCUGUACCGAAAUUGGAGAAAAAUCACACGGGAGUGUGGAACUGUUUGUUUUCCUCCAUCCACGGAAACUACUCCAAAGGAUUGUCUAUCAUCGUCAUCUCUGAUGACACGAAGUACUGCCCCAUGACAGUGGUUUCGAAUAACAAAGGGAUAUACAAUUGGCCGAGGACCAUAGUAAACCACACGGUUUCCAUACCCUGCGAGAUUUUGAAUUUGAACUACGAUGCGUCCUUUCAAAAGGCCACUUACUCUUGUACCAGCAGCGGCGAAUGGGCGAAUCUGAAUACUUCCAUGUGCUCCUACAUCUCUGAUACCACUAAGAUCCUCCAUCAGUUUUCGAUGGUCAAUGAAAGCAUAGAGGAGAGUGCCAAACAUUUCAAGAAUUACACUUCGAAUGUGGACAUUUUUAGAGAUGUAAUGGAUUUGGUGUAUGCCGUGUCCACUAUCGAGAAUUAUAUUAAAUUCGCGCCGGCGGAACAUAUCGGUAUUAUCGGUGCCAAUCUUGUUGAUUCUGUGAAUAAUCUGAUGGAAUUGCCUGCUGAUUAUAUAAGAGAAGCCGAUGUGGAAUAUGAUGUUUGCAAGAGGCUGGUUAAUGCAACAGAGUUCUUAGCAGAAAUUAGCAAAUCUAAUCUUCACAAGAGCAAUCUAGCUCUGGAAGUCUUCAAAGUGAAGAAGGAGGGCUUCCAAGGUCUGAAAUGCUCGUGGUACGUGAACCCGAACAAGCGAAAAGACACCCUGUUCUCGUGCGUGCCCAGUUACAAGCAGGACCCCGCCGGUUUCCAAGGUCGUGGCACGGACGCCUCUGUCACCAUACCGCACACUCUGUUCCAACAACUGCCAGCGACCGGCGGCGAUGCGAGCAGAAAGGCGUACGAUGUGCUGGUGGCGAUGCAAUCGUCCAACAAGUUGUUGCCCAUCGACGUGGGUAGAUACGGGCAGGAUGACGUUACUUCGGCGGUUGUGGGAGUGAAAUUGGUGGGCCACACGGUGAGGAACCUCACCGAACCGGUCUUCAUCAUGCUCCGAAUGCCGUCGACCACCAUCUACGAAGUCACCCCCUUCACCCCCGUGUGGUGGGACCCCUCGCUGAACAACGGCACAGGUAAGUGGUCCUCCGCCGGCUGCCACUUCACGCACGAGCUCCAAGACCAUCUGGUCUUCUCCUGCGAAAAUUUCGGCUAUUACGGUCUGCUGCAAGACGUCAGCAGUCUGGAGAGCGAGCUGAUCCUCGCCAAGUUCAAACUCUCCCACCCCGCCAUCUACAUCGGCACUUUCAUUUUGUUCGCUUCGUUCCUCGUCGUCAUCCUCACAUAUCUGUUGUGCUACGUCAGCAUACAGAUACCGAAAAAGGCGAAACACUCGCUCAUCAAUAUGCUCAUCGCCAUAGCCUUGUUGUGCUUCAUGUAUGUGUUCGGCAUCUACCAAACCGAAGACGUCAGGGUGUGUCAGAUCGUUGGGAUGCUGCUGCACUAUUUCACCCUCAGCUCGCUGCUCUGGAUGUGCGUAGCGGUGAACUGCAUGUACAAGCGCCUGAGCAAAAACGACAUUAUAAACAUCCAAGACGACGAUUUACCUCUGGAUCAACCCAUCAAGAAGCCCAUCCUCGGUUUGUACCUCGUAGGUUGGGGCAUAGGCUUGAUCAUUUGCGGUCUGUCGGCCGCCAUCAACAUGAACGAGUACGCUUCGCCGGGGUAUUGUUUCCUGAGGUCCGGCCCGGCGUUGAGCGCCCUCUACAUACCCUUCGUCAUUCUGUUCGUCUUCCUCCUGGUGUUCUUCCUGUUGAUCAGAUGCGCCAUUUAUAACCUGGACGCUAACGGACAUUUGAGCGAAGGCACUCAAGCGACCGAGCACGUGGACCUGGAUCUGCUGGAGCCGAACUUUCCGAAUGUUGACACCAGGAGCGUGAGGAGCGUGUCCUUGAAGACGGCGUCGAGCGAAGUGGAGGACCCAGAGCACGCUCCUUCGGCCCAACUCAAAGCCCAUGUGAUCUUCCUCCUCAUCUACUUGAUGACUUGGUUGAGUUGCGCUUUCGCCACCGUACCGCCUUUCCGCAUCGUUUCCUUCGAGGAGGAUCUCUUCAGCAUAGCCUACGCGCUCUUGGCUUCGACUCUGGGCACUUUCACUGUAUUUUUUUACUGUGUUGCGCGUAACGAUGUGCGCACCCAAUGGGCCAUCGUGUUGAGGUCGUUGAGGCGGAAGCGCCUCUGUAUCCGGUUCCGGUCGAGGAAUGUGUCUGACGCGUUCAUUUCCGUGCCGCAAAUUCAAAUACAGCCGUUACCUCUACCUCCUGUUUGUAAUAUCGAUAACCAGAUAUCGAGAUCGACGAGUAGGAGCUCCGCCCACACCAAAACCAAUUCUCACGCCAGCAAUGUUUACAAGGACGCAGUGGAUCUGAACGGGAGCUUCAGCGACCACCAGGGGGCGAAGAUCAACAAUGUGAAUCUCGUCGUACUGCAUAGGGCGCAGUACAGGUCUAACGUCAUACCGAAUAUCAUAGAAAAUCCGACGAACGCUGCCGAGGUGUUUUAUAAUCCCCACCAGAGUACGGUGGCGAGGAAGUUCUUCAAACGCCAGAAGAGGAACAUGUUGAAGAAGACGAACUUGCUGAAGCCGCCGAGAGAUGUCAACAGCGACACGGCCUCGGUGUUUUCCGAACCGAAUUUGAAGAUCAAGAACAUGUCUGAGAAUAACAUCUUCGGUACCAACAGCAAAGUCAACAAUACCAACAUCCACGUAGAAUUCAAGCGGAAUAUUCAACAGAAGAACCCGAAUAUAUUUUCAGACAGUACUGAAGAAUUCGAUUCUGUUAGUAAUGUACCGGUAGCACAUCUAGUGUACAACGCUGAGCGGUUGAGAAAGAAGGAACUGGGCAAGAAAAAGAAAUACAACGUGCCGAACGCUCAAACCUCUGAGCUAUCGGAGAAGCACAUGAGGUCGAUAUCUCAGCAGUGUACGCUCGAAUACAGUUCCGAAACGAUAUCAGAUUCGAUAUUGGACAAGAACAGCCCCGAAAAAAGUUUGUUGCCCGAUCAAGAGAGCUUUCUAACGGAAGCUAACGGUGGGGCAGCCUUGCAGCGCCAACAGAUCAGUUCGUUCAGUACUUUGACGGAUAACGAUCCCAACUACUGCCAGAUAGCCGAAUUGAAGGGAGACAGCUCACGGGGAAACGGAUACAGUUCCAAGAAGCCAGAGCCCUUUUCGAGCGACGUAGAAGGGUCCAGCUCUCGCUUGUUCGUAAACCCUUCCUUGGAUUCGAGGUUGGGCAAAGGUGAUGGACAGAGCAGGGCUAGUAGUGUGUCGGUGAGCGAUCUGGAUGAGUUGUAUCAGCAGAUCAGACGGGGGCCGCAGGCCAAGAGGUCUCGUAACUUUUAUAGCAUGUACAAUGCCAGUCCUUGUCUGUCUGACUCGGAGAUUAAUUCGUUCGUUAGUGAUAAUCGACAGCGACGCAAAAUUUCGCAUAGUCAUGAGGAUUUCGAUCGGUUGAGUGAUGAUGUCGAAACGACUGUGUAGGGGACUUGCAAAUUG